AUGGAAGAUGCAAUGAGAAGACUUAAUCAAGAAUCUGAUCUUCCUCUCCAAAACACUACAAACUCUACCACUGUUAAUAAAACUAGAUCUUCUUGUUCAUCAAACAAAAGAUCACUGAAAGACACUACUACUGGUCCCUCCGCGGUAAGAUACCGCGGAGUUCGUCGUCGUCCAUGGGGACGUUACGCAGCUGAAAUUCGUGACCCUCAGUCUAAAGAAAGGAGGUGGCUUGGUACUUUUGAUACCGCUGAAGAAGCUGCUUGCGCUUACGAUUGCGCUGCUAGAGCAAUGCGUGGUGUUAAAGCACGUACUAAUUUCGUUUACCCUCCUUGUCCUACUCCUACCCAACCCACUUCUACGAACGAUGCUUUGUUUAAUAUUCAUUCGUCGUAUAACUCUUUGAAAUCAACAUCGCCUUAUUAUCAUCAGAGUUCUAAUACUCUUAAUAGACCCUUUUUUCAUUCCUCUAGUCCUUAUGGUUCUACGGGGCGUGGUCAUGUUAUUGGUUCGACUUGUCAGAAAAACAAUGAUUCUUUGAAUAUGCUUCUGUUUCGUGAACUUCUGAGUUCAAAUUCCAGUAACAAUAGUACUGCAAGUAAUUUGAACGUGGCUGGUAGUAUGAAUAUGCCUAAUCUGUACGAACAGCUGCCCAAUUUCAUGACUAAUCGCAAUACGAGCAGUUUCUGUUCGUAUUUGCCCACUAGCAGCAACACCGUCAUUCCCAGCUCUUCUGUCAUGACCACUCAAGUCCCCAAAUUUGAUAACACUAUCCAUUUUACUGUCAACAACAGUAGUACUACCGCACAUGAUUCUGCUGCAGGGAUGGAUUUUUUUCCAUUUGAGUCAUCUGAUUCUGGAUUAUUAGAAGAGGCCUUAAAUGGUUUUUUCCCAAAGCCCAAGCCCAUUAAGUCAUCAUUACCUAAUUACUCUACUAAAGGAGAAUUUUGUAAUAUUUUCUCUCAACAACCACAACAACUACAACAGGAGCAGAUUAAUGAUGGUGGUUUAAACAGUGAUUUUGGAUUAUUAUCGUCGUCAUCGUCAUUGUCAUCAUUUCCAGUGGAUUAUUUUCCAGGAAAUCUUCAGGUGUCACCAGGAGACAACAUGAUGGGAGACAUAUUUCAGUAUCCAGAUCUUCUCAGUAUUUUUGCAGCCAAGCUGCAAAAUGCUUAAACUUUGUACUACAUCUUGCAGGACUUUUAUCUACCUGACCUAAUGUACUGAUUUUCUA